AAAAAAAAAAAAAAAUACACCCACGACAAACGAGCUAAAAAAAAUUAGAAUUUUUUUUUUUCUUUUCUUCAUCUCGCUUCAUUUCAUAAUUGCAACAGAUUCUUCCUUUCAUUGAACGAAACCAGAGUUUACAGAGAAAUUAAAAAAGGAAUUUUUAUUUGUAUAAAAUGAACUUUGCUUCAGCAACAAAUAUUACCGAUAGGGUAAUUAUGCCUAGAGAGAAUAUAAUUUCAAGUUUGUUAGCUGCAACGUAUUCUUUUGUUGGUGAUGAAUAUCUGGAUAGUCUCGUAAAAGAAAUUGGAUUGGCCACUGGAGCACAAACAAUAAUGAUUCAAAGACUACUAACAUCAAAAGAAUAUCACGAUUUAAAAGAGAACGAAGGCUGUCCAGCUAUCCGACUAGUUUCUAACGAACAAGUACAAAAUAGUCGUGAAACUUCACCAAUUAUAAACGACACAGAAAACCACUCGAAAGUUGAAUAUCUCCUGGUCAAAGCGUGCUAUUCGACAAUAUUAAAUUUUGAAGCAUUUAAAAAGUAUGCUGCUAUAUCCUUAAACUCCUUUUCGCCUGAUUCACCCUUCUUACAAACGCUUGGUUAUUCAAAUUAUCAUGUUGCACAAGAUGCAUCAUUCGCAGAUUCAGCUUAUCCCAAAUACGCCAGUUUUGUAGGAUUGCGAUUAGAUCAAGGGUCACUACCGAUUGGUCUAAUUACUGUCAUGAACGAUAAGCCAAUGAAACAAGAUCAAAUCGAAACCAUUCAAAAGUUACUAUUUGCCGUCCAACAAAGAGCAACAAACGAAAUAGAAAAAAUUAGGCAGAGAGACAACUUGGUCAUGAUAAAAAAUGCUGCCCUACAAGAUGCUGAAAGUAAAAUUAAAUUUUUAGCUGACAUGAGUCAUGAAAUAAGAACACCAAUGAAUGCUGUCAUUGCCCUUACAGACUUACUGCUCCAAGAAAGAAGUACACUUAACGAAGAACAAGCUGAGCAUUUAGAGGUCAUACAAACUAGUGGAAACCAUCUUUUAACUGUUAUCAAUGACAUUUUAGAUAUUUCGAAAAUCAAUCACGACCCGAAAUUUAAAUUGGAAAAUCGAAGAUUUAGCCUACGAAAGUGUGUAAAAGACGCACUAAACAUGGCACGACAUCAAGCAUCAAUGACUCAAUACAAUAAAUUAGUCUGUGUUGCCGAGUGCCCAGCAGAAGUAAAUGAUAAUAUUCCUUUAAAUCAAUUGGUAAAACAACUUGAAAUCAUAGACCCUAAUCAUCAAGCCAUUGUACCUCAACAAAAUACUAGUAAAACUGUCCUACCGUUACUUUGGAAAAUAGAUUCGGAUGUACCUGAUCAUUUGAUGGGUGAUACAAUGAGACUGACUCAAAUAUUAUUAAAUUUGUGUUCUAAUGCUGUCAAGUUUACUAAAUCUGGAGGUAUUCGUGUUAAAAUUACAAGAUACGUUCCUCCAAACCCUCAGAAAUCUUGCAGCGAUACCAAAUUCCAAAGUUUUAAAGAUCGAUUUGAUGCCAAAAUAGAAGGCAUUUACACUCGUGUGAUGGGAAGAAAACGAAAUGGUGGUGCUGGCGCUACUAAUAUCGAUAACAACGAAGAAGACGGUGGUACAACAACCGAAGAAGAAGACGUCUCGGAAAAGGUCAUUUUAGAAAUAUCUGUCACAGAUACUGGUAUUGGCAUGCCGGCCGAUAGACUUCCCAGAUUGUUCAAGUCCUUUUCACAAAUCGAUAUCUCUACAGCAAGACGUUAUGGAGGUACCGGACUUGGCUUGGCUAUCUCCAGUAUGUUGGUCAAUAGAAUGGGUGGAGGUCUCUGGGUAGAAUCGGAAGAAGGUUUAGGCUCAAGGUUUGCCUUAACCUUGCCUCUUUCCAUUGCCUAUGGCCGACCUGAUGUACAUACAGUAGGCAGUCAAAUAGGUUCAGAAAACAGUAGUACAUACGCCAGUAGUGGCAUGGUGGCAUCUCCUCCGUCUCCUGGUUCAUCUGUCUCAGACGGUGGGUCCAGUAUUGGUGAAAGAUCCGAUUCUGCUAGUUUUACAACUCCUUCCUCGCCAUCCACUUCGACCAGCUAUUUCCCUACGCAACCAACCAACACGAAUAGUAGAUCUCUUAAAUAUCCCACUACCAAUACUAACACGACAUUACCAUGGGAACCUAUAAAUAUACCCUCCACGCCUUCUCCUACACCGGCAACCUUUGAACCAACCUAUAUCAGCUCUAAUGCUAAUACACCCAAUGUAAUUAAUAACAAGGAACUUCAAAACUUGAUUACCAAGUCUAAGUCUAGUAAUGAUAAAUUAGAUUCGGAUUUUACGGCAGCAGCAGCAUUCGACUUACCCACAACCAAACCAAAGCCUCGUAUUACGCUUGCGAAACAAUAUCAUCAUAGAAAAUCAAAUGCUAACAGUAAUGAAGAAAAUCUUGCAUUAUUAUAUCCAAUCAAGAUUAUGUUGGCAGAAGAUAACGUCUUAAACCAAAAAAUUGCAAUAAGUAUAUUAAAACGACUCGGCUAUCAAGACGUGAUAAUUGCUGGAAAUGGCCGCGAGGCGCUUGAUCUCAUGCGGGUUCACAAGUUUGACGUUAUUUUUAUGGAUUUAUAUAUGCCUGAAAUGGAUGGGCUAGAGGCUACGAGAUAUAUUAUUUCUGAACGGAAGCAUAAUGUCCCACCUCCUCCACCUACGGCAGCGAUUGAAGAAAGCAAAAAGAAGGCAGCACUUUUGAACGUGAAUGAUGUGUAUAUCAUUGCACUUACUGCAUCUGCAUCUAAACAGGAUCGACAAAUUUGUAUUGAUGCAGGCAUGAAUGAUUUUAUCAGCAAGCCGUUUACAAUGAUGGAAAUGAAGUCAGCUUUAAAGAACUGUGCAAGUAAAAGAAAGAAACGAAAGAAGCAACAAUUACGAGACGAACAGGUCCAGAAACAGCAACAAGCGCAAGAAUUAAUUAACCUUGUAAAAUAUAAUGAUGAUCCAAUGGUAGGAAUUCAAACCGACCAGGAAGAUGAAGACGAAGAACGAGACCCGAAAUGUCGAAGCCGGAGCAGUAGUAUUGGAUCUGCUAAUAAUAAUAACCGGUCACCGCCACACGAUGAUCCCAUGCAUACAAGUGUUGAUGAUUUAGCAAUGAUUCAACAUGAUACUUUAAAAUAAACGUUUUUUUUUUUAUUAUAA